AUGAAAAUCGAGGAGAUUGUGGACGAGGUAGAGGAGCUGGUGAUUUCGGACGACGACACGUCAGAGCCGUUUCUGAAGGAGAAGCAUCUGGAUUUGGAGGGCAAGCCCAUCAAGAAGCGAGCACCCAAGAAGAAGGAGAGCGAGGAGACCAAGCAGAGGCGAGAUGGGGUGGAAUCUCGGUUCAGGAACGACAGAUCCAGUGAUCUGAACCAGGACAAGAUUGAGGAGGUUAAGGAGGACGACAAGGACAAGAGUGGGGCCACCGAGGAUCUGAAGGAAGAGUCGGAACCAGAGGAGGACGAUCUGACCCAAAAGUUCGCCCCUGAAGAAGAAAAGAAGCUGGUGGAUGAAGCUGAGGAGUUUAAGGCUCGAGGCAACAAGUGGUUCAAAAAGGGCGAUAACGACAGUCUCAAACGGGCCAUCAACAGAUACGACAGUGCGCUCAGAACGUGUCCUGUCUACCUGCAUCAGACGCGAGCAAUCUACUGGUCCAACAAGGCCGCAUGUUACAUGAAGCUAGGAGACGAUCACAAGGCCGUGGAGAGCUGCAAUCAGGCCCUAGGGCUCGAUCCAGACUACGUCAAGGCUCUCAAUCGCAGGGCUGCUGCUAAUGAGAAGAUUGGCAAAUGGUCGAAUCUACAGUCUGCCUCAGACGACUACAACAAGCUGGUGGAGCUGUAUGGAAAAGAUGGCAACUACAUAGAGCGGGACAAGGCUCGCAAAAACGGCAUUGCUCUGGAGUCUCGCAUCAAAACGGCCGCUACUGCAGAAACCCAGGAGAUGCUGGGUAAACUGAAAGACAUUGGCAACUCCUUCCUCGGCAAGUUUGGCAUGAACACCGACAUGUUCAAUAUGGCUCCCGACGGAAAGGGAGGCUACAGCAUGAACUUUGGAGGAAAUCAGCCUCCCAAGGAGUAG